GGAACAAGAAAAGCAGGGACCAGGGCUGCCACCUCCCACCCUCACCCCGGAGAAGGGAUGCGCGUUUCCUCUCGGAGACGUGCGAGCCUCAGCCAGCACCCUCCCUCUCCAUCUGGGCACCUUGUCCCAGCCAAGUGCACGGGGAGGCCAGAGCUCAGAGGGAACCCACCCCGAGUGCUCGGGGAGCAGCACCGCUCGCCGUGAGCCCAGGUGGGAGGACCAGGAGACCCCGGGAGGGGACAGGCCUUACCUGGGCAGCUGGCGGCCUCCGGGGCAGGUCCCUGGUGGUUGUGCCUCCCAGGAACCGGAGCCCGCGUGGGCAGGGCGCCGUCAUGCCUCUGCCUCUGGAGACACGCGUGACAAGGACAGUAGCAGGUGGACCCUGCAUCUCCAGAGGGCGGCUGGGAGCUGCUGGGAGGUGGUCCUGCCGCCACCUGCCCCUUCUGCUCCCGGGCCUGGCCGGGCGGCUCCUGCUUCCCAUCUCUGGCGGCCGCCGCCGCCUCCUCCGGCUCCCUCCCUCCCUUCUUCGCCCUCUCCCUCUCCUCUGCACUCCUGGCGUGUCACCGCCUCUGCCGGGGCCACCUGAAAGAUGCUCGCAGCAGCGGGCGGUCACACGGGCGCCCGGGGGCCACCGAGCACUGCCCGCCCGGCGACGCGGCCCGGCCCACCUGGCUCCCGGUGGCACCUGCCCGGCCCCCACCAGGCCUGAUCAAUACCAAUUUACAGGCAAACGCGGGGCCGCCUUCCCGGUGAUGAAUUUCCCGAGUCUGCCCGUGAUGGAGGAGUCGCCCCUCUUCCCAGCAACUUCUCCGGCCACCCCGAAGCCCGGAGAACCACGGAGAGCUGACACGGAGCAGCGUGGCCUCCAGGUCGGGUGCCCGCCAGGGGGAGGCCACCCCCCAGCCUGGGCCCGGGGGCGUCAGCAGCGCACGGGUGAGGUCCCGCCGUGGCCAGGCUGAGGCCUGCGGCCGGGCGGUGGAGAGGGUGUCACACGUCGCUGGGCGCCUGCAGAGGGAGAGAGCAGGGGACACGCUCGCGGGGACAGGGGUCCAG